AUGUCGUUGUUGAUUCCCAAUAGUAACGACUACCAUGAUGCACAUGGUGAUCUUGACCAGGACGCACUUUAUCAUCGUUUAAUUGCCGAACGGUAUUUUGCAAACCCAGAUCAAUGCAUUUGGAAGUUUUCUCCACAACAAGGAUUCUUCAAACAAUCGAAUCCAAACACAAACGAUAUGGAAUUUAGAUACACAGAGGAAAGGUUUGGAAUAGAAAAACCAUGGGAAUCAAUAAUCAAUGAGUUAAAUGAAUUGAACGCGUCUGCACCUUCUAACGUCCAAUACAAGUUAAUCUUCUUUGCCCGGCAUGGACAAGGGUGGGCGAACGUUGCAGGUCGAAAAUACUCCAAAGAGGAAUGGUACAAUAAGUGGAGGUUUCUAGGUACAGAUGGUGAAAUUACUUGGGGUCCUGAUGCAGAUUUAACGGAGUUGGGAAUCAACCAGGCUUGGGAGAAUCAUGAUGCUUGGAAAAGACAAUUGGAAAAGGGAGCACCGCAUCCAAAAUCUUUUUACGUUUCUCCUCUUCAAAGGUCGAUCAAAACCCACAAUAUCACUUGGCCCAAUACAAAUCCUUUAGUGGUGGAAAAUUUAAGAGAAACUAUUGGAUUGCAUUUAUGUCACAAACGCUCAACUAAGAGUCAACUUCAGUCUAAAUUCCCCAAUCUUGUUUUCCCAGAAGAUUUCGAAGAAGAAGAUGAACUAUUUGAGGCGUAUGUCAAUCCAAGAAGAGAACAAUUAUACGAGCAAUUUGCUAGGAUUCACAGUGUGUUGCAAAACAUUUUUGACAAUGACAGCAAUGAUAUCCUCAGUAUCACUUCACAUGCUGGCACCAUUAGAGCCUUUAUCACCGUGAUUGGACAUAGAAAAUUCACCAUCCCUACGGGAGGUAUGAUUCCAAUUGUAGUAAAGGGUGUAAAAGAAUAA